AUGGGACCCCAGCAUUUGAGCCCUGUGCAACUGCUCUGCGUCCUGGGGGCCAUCUCCACUCUUCCUUGGGCUGGGGCUCUUUUGUGCUAUGAAGCAACAUCCUCACUCUUCAGAGCUGUUAAUUUCAAUCACUGGAAAUGGCUUCUGUUGAGGAGUGCAGUGUGUAAACUGGCCGAGGGCUGCGAGGAGACACUGGUGCUCAUCGAGACAGGGAACAGAAGGGGAGUUGUGGGCUUUAAAGGCUGCAGCCCAGCCUCAUCUUACCCCAAGCAAGUCUCCUAUCUCGUUUCACCACCUGGAUUGUCCAUUGCCUCCUACAGCCGUGUCUGCCGGACGUAUCUCUGCAAUAACCUCACCAACUUGAAUCCUUUGUUGAAGCUCAAGGCCAAAGCUCCUAAGACUACAGCAUUUGCUUCCCAUAGUUGCCCAACUUGUGUGGGCGAGCACUCUCAGGAUUGCCUCCCAAAUUUUGUCACCACUGAUUCUUGCCCCUACAAUGCCCCUAAGUGUUACAGUUCCACCUUAAGCUUUCGGGCAGGGUUUCUCAAUACCACAUUCCUCCUCAUGGGCUGUGCUCGUGAACAUGCCAAACUUUUAGAAAAUUUUAACCAGAUUGGGAGCAUCAGUGUGAGUGAGGUCCUCAACAUUGUAGAGAAGGCCCAGAUUGCUGGUGCAGAGCCCUCCAGUCGGGGUCCUGCUUGGGGCAUCCUCUUAGGCCUCCUGCUUGCCUUCAGGAAGUGA